AAGGAAGUGCAGUAGCGGUACCUGAUCCACCUGGGUCUCCCAUUGUGACGUUUGGUCUGUCGACGAUAAAUGGGCCUGUGUUGCACAGCGCAGACCGUGUCUCAUGCCCAAACUUAUAUUCUUGGAAGAUUCAGACCACGCGACAACGGCAGCAGUGUCUGAGGUUCUCAAAAUUGAAGGCCGGUGGGAAAAAGGACGCGGUCGGCAGACCUUGGCCCUCAUUGCCUCUGUGCGCCGACAAUCUGUGCCACCACCGCUGGCAGUCUUUCUCCUCUCCACAAGCAGGCCACUUUAUCCUCGAGCACCGUCUUCCAUGGUUGACGGGAAAAAAGUCAUCUAUAUAUCCACUCCGUAUAGGUACACUCUAUCACUCCCUCGAGGGUGCGACCCCUAGACACUUUGGAUACUGUCGGCUUUGAUGGUCCAGCCGGUACCAAAAGGAUGGUACAACAAGUAUUCCUGCCCAAUGGGCAGAUAUAUACAGUCACGCCAGUUUUUGGCGGCUUUACCUUCAAAUCAACCCACCUCGAUCUACAUCAUUCCCCAAUUCCCCCCGGGUGGACCGUAAUGGUACAGACCGAAGAUGUGGUGGAGGAGGACGAGGCAAGGAAGAGCAGAGCAUCACUAUCUCAAUCAAAGAGCGGGUCGAACAGUCCAUACCAGAGACAAACCGUGGUCCACAGGUUCAUGCAGCCUACCGCCCAGCGAGAUUCGCUUUUUAUUUCCUCCAUAUCAAUGCCAUCGAGCUCCGACUUCAGAAAUACAGCCUCCCCAACAAGGCACAUCGCCAUGAUUUUAUGGGCCACUCUCUGCUGGUAUUUCCAUAAAGAGCCUCCCAAUCUGCACGCGACCACAGAAGCAAGUGCCCUAACACCGGAAAGUGGGAGACCGAAACUGGACUGGCGCAUCAAAAUCAAGAAGGAGGGCAUAUUCAAGGGCAAAAAUACUCUACAGAAACUUGAGCGGAUGGGUCUCAUCGCGAGCGAGGAAUCCUGUGUAGGUUCGGAACUGGACUUUCGGAUGGCGGACGGCUGGACCGAGACUUUCGUGAGUCGAAAAUCCUUCUGGCAGAUCGAUGCCAGAAUUUUUCUAUAUACAAUGGCACCGCAGCAGCACUCGCCAUUACCAGGGGCAUCUCCUCACACAUCCCGGCCGGCCUCGCCAGACCGAACACCUCUUCCUGACCGCGGAUCUCCACGGGCGACAGACUAUAUGCUGCCUCCCCAGCCGGGGUUGGUCGAUGGCUUGUCUGCGGGAAUCGCUUCGCCCGGUGGACCGUUCAAUUCAGGAAGUCACCUCCCAACGUUCUAUCCUCCUCAGCCAACACAGUUCACGUUUACGAACCAUAUUCGACAUCCCAUACGCCCAAAGCCUCCUCGGCAAGGGGAAACGUUCUAUAGCCGGUACAUUCCAAGUCUAGGACAAUGGCUGUCCUUCCGGGUACCGACACUGUCGUCUAAACCGUGCCCUCACCCCCAUUUCUCGCCGCUGGGCCCGUCUUUGCCCUCCGUUAUGACCAGCCAUGGAGGAAGCAUCUCCCUCCCUACAUUGCCUACCUUGGCCAACUUUGCAGACCGGCCAUGUGACCUGGAUCUGCUGCAUAAAUGGAUGAACGAGCCUAGAGUGAAUGCAGCUUGGUCUUGUGCCGGACCAAAAGAGGGCCAAAAGAAAUUUUUGACCGAGGGGUUACAAAGCCGCCAUUCUUUCCCGGUUUUUGGGUGCUGGGACGGUAAGCCGUUUGGCUAUUUUGAAAUCUAUUGGGUCAAAGAAGACAAACUGGGCAGACUGCUGGGUGGCGAUGUUGGCAACUACACUCGCGGACUGCAUGUCCUAGUUGGUGAACAAGAGUUCAGAGGUCCUCAUCGAGUCAAGGUCUGGCUGUCUGCAUUGGUACAUUAUUGUUGGCUUGCAGAUCAGAGGACCGAGACCGUCAUGUUGGAACCGAGAGUCGACAAUACCAAAUUUAUCAACUAUCUAAGAGAGGGUGGAUUUUAUAAGCAAGGAGAGGUCUCAUUUCCACACAAGCAGUCAGCUAUCAUGAAAAUCGACCGAGAAUCUUGGGAGUCCCCUGAAUUAUGAGAGAAGCAAAGAUGAAUGAUGAAAACGAAGAACGUCGGUGAUGAUGUCUAGCCAUAUAUCCAUCAACUGAAUCAAAUCUGUAGCCUGCUUGAUUAUCAUGCACAGAGUACCAAUUGCUGGCACAAUUAUUUCGGUAUACCAGAGAUAUCUCCGUACCUCUAAUGAACAAUUCAGCUCUA